AUGGUUUCUUCAACACGUUCAUUGAGCGCUGGAUCGCUGAUGCUCGCUUUGUUAUGUUCCCCCGUGGCCGCCACAACAUACUCCCUGGUGGAGAAUUGGCAAGGGAAGAACUUCCUGGAUUAUUUCAAUUUCCACGUUGGUUCUGACCCGACCAACGGCUUCGUUAACUAUCUCGACAAGGAGACCGCCGAAAGUUCAGGCCUCGUCAAGGUCACCGACAGUGGCAGUGUGUAUCUGGGUGUCGACCAUGCGACUAAGCUGGACGCCAAUGGCAAGAAGGGCCGUGAUUCGGUUCGUAUCGGCAGCAAGAAAUACUACGACCAGUCUCUCGUCAUCGCCGAUAUCGCCCACAUGCCUGGUAGCACUUGCGGUACCUGGCCCGCCUUCUGGUCCGUCGGAAAGAAUUGGCCUGCGGACGGCGAGAUUGAUAUCAUCGAAGGUGUCAACAUGGCCGAUCACAACGAAAUUGUCAUGCACACAGCCGGCACUUGCAGUUUGACAGAUACGGAUAUGACCGGUUCCGUCAACGCCACAGGUUGUGGUGAGGAUCUGGGCACUGUCGGAUGUAAAAUCGAGGGCCACGAGGGCAGCUACGGUACAUCUUUCAACAAACAACAAGGUGGUGUGUAUACACUGCAGUGGACCGACGAGUUCCUCAAGAUUUGGUUCUUCCCUCGAAGCUCGAUCCCGGCCUCGAUCACCAGCGGCAAGCCUGAUGUAACGGAAUUCGGUACGCCAAUGGCCCUGGUGCAGGAAUCGUGCGACGUUGCCAGCGCCUUCAAGGCCCAGUCGUUUGUUUUCGAUGUCACCUUCUGUGGAGACUGGGCAGGUGGAGUGUACGGUGAUUCUGGUUGCCCCAUGACCGGCAGCGAUUCCUUCCAGAGCUGCCACAACUACGUCGCCAACAACCCAGCUCAGUUUAAGGAGACUUACUGGGAAAUCAACUCUGUCAAGAUCUAUCAGGCUGGUGUGAAGGGAAUUGCCUCCGUUUCAUCAUCCGAGUCCGAGCCGGCUACGACUGCUGCUCCCGUGGUUUCGAAGGCAACUGCUGAGACCCACGCCACUCACCCUGCUACUACUGCUACUGCUGUGCACUCGGUUGCUUCCAAGGUGGAUCAAACCGCCGGAGCAGUUCAGCAACUGACCACUGCCAAAAGCUCCGCUACUGAAGCUGUCGAGCAGCCUUCUAGCAAGAAGACUAGCACUGUCACCUCUAUAGUCACUGCAACUGAGACCGUCUGCCCCGAGGACGAAAAGUCCUCCGCUAUUGCCGCGCACUCCUCCGUGCCAGCCACAGCCACCGCUCCAGCUGUGCAAUCUGUCCAAGUCCCCCACGGCAAAGAUCCGGAGGCACACACUUCUGCCUCCCCUGUGGUCCCCUCCAGUGUCGUAUCCGUCCCAGCUGGCCAUGGUCACACCCACGUUCACACCCACUCGAGGCAUGCAUCCAUUUCUGCCACCACUCCCGCUACAACCGAACCCACCUCCGGCGCCUCUGAGAGCUUCGGUGAAUCACGGGCCGCCUCUACGGCCCCCUCUGCCGUUGUCUCCGACGUUCCUUACGAGGCCUCCAAGGCCCUGACCCCUGCCACUGCCGAUUCAUCCGCGCAGCAGGCUACCUCGGCUACAUCUGCCUUCUAUGUUCCUACCGGAUCUGCAUCUGGAGCCAGCCCUGUCUUUACCGGUGCCGCUGAUCGAUUGUCCAUGAGCAUCUCGGCUCUCUUCCUUGGAGUCAUUGCUGCCUUCUUGGCUUAA